CUCAACCUCAGUACACAACAUCAGGCGUUGCAGUAAACACGGCCCGGUCUCUCUAUCAUUGCCAGCGUUCCUAUAUAAUUCACUGAGGAUUUAGAGUCACCCGCCUCUUACAAUCAUCCACACUGAGCUUCAGUCAUUCUUGGAGGUGAUGGCUGGCCGCUUCCUCAGGUGUGUGCACGGGAAGGAGUUGCUGGCGCUGAAGGAGAGACUAGCAGCCCAUCUGCCCAACUCUGCCAUUCUGCACGGGACGGUCGAGACAGGAAUACGUUAUGGACUAAUGGAGAAUUUAGGAAUAAAGUUGUUUGUCCCAAAACACAGUGGCAGUCUGGUGGUGGCUACCCCAGCCUUCACUACGAAAAAGGUGCAGAGUUUGUCAGUGUUCUGGAACCCGGAGGAGGAAGACGAGGAGGAGGUGGCGCAGAUGAUCGGAUCGUUGCCUGGCAUCGACUGGAGGAAACCUGUGUUCUUCAGUACCAGUUCCAAGACCAUCUCCAGCAAGGUGACGAGUAUAGGGAAUAACCAGCUGGUCGGCGACGGAAACAUAGAGGCUCAUACGGUCGAAGGUUCAUCUAUGUACGAAAUCCCUCCACAAAAGUCGCAUAUCCAGUAA